CGGAAUUAUUCCAGGAAGUGCCACACAUUGUUUUAAAUUAAUUGAGUGCUCGCUUCUGGGACCAGUUACUCCCCAGAAUCCAUCGUGUGAAGAAAACUCCGGUCAACAAUAGGCGAGCAUGGCAUUUGGCAAGUGGACAGAGGCUUUACAGACUGACGGCGGCUCUGUUAUGGCCCAGGUCACAAAGAGGCUCUACAAGGGCGGUAACUUGCGUCCCGAUGAGUACUACAAAAAAGUACCAAGCCUUGGUAGGGGGAAAUAUGAAAGUGACUUCGACCGGAUGCAGCAGAGAAUCAUUCAGUCAUGCGAUCGCAAUUUUGACAUCUGGGACGAGGCAGCAAAGUUCGAUAUCAGCUUGCAUUGGGUUCUCCAGAGGAAUACAUGUGGCCUGAAUCCCCCAGACGAUAUAUACAGACAUUUAAAUACCCUUGUUAGGAAAAGGAACAAGGCUAGUCAUCCAGGCAUAGACUUCGACAUUAAUGAGGACAACAUCAACGAAAAACUGGAUGAUCUUCUGUCUCUCUACAUGAAGAUUCUCGACUGCUUGGAGAAUCGCUGCUUCACCGAUCUGACAGUGGUUAAGAGACAAAUCAUCCUUUCAGUAGAGGAAAAGAAACUCGAUCGCGUUCACUGGUCUUCGCCUCGAGCAAGCCCUGUGAAAACGCGAGACGUCGUUAACUACAAACCCAGGCGAAAGGAGGAAAGCUUGAGGUUGGGAAAGAGCUUGGCUAUCGGCGGAGGAAUAGCUGUGGCGGGCAUGGCUGCUAUGGGUCUGGCGUCUCUCCUCUCCUCAAAGAGCGAGGGCCAGAAGAGAGAACGUCAGAGGGCGAGCAACCGGACGAGCAGUGACGAAGAAUGUGUCGUGAUGAGCGCAGGACUAGUAGCAGAAGAGGCUGAGACGUAGCAGGACGUGUUUGACCGGUAGCACAGCAUCAAUAUAUUUGUGUAUGUAUGUAUGUAUGUAUUCAGAUGAUCGAACUCAGGACAGAUAGAGAGAGAGAGAGAGAGAAAUAUAGAGAAGGAAAGAGAAGUAAUGAAGUUGGGGGGUGGGGGAGAGAUGAAGAGAGAGAAAGAGCAUGAAGAAUGGGUGAGUGAAAGAGGAAAAAAAGAGAGAGAACUGAUAAGUCAGAGAGAUGAAAAUGAGAGGAAAUAUGCACACACACACACACACACACACACAAACACACACACACACACACACAUGUAUAUAUGUGUAUUUCACUAGACUAUCCGUUUAAUCCCCAUCCUAUAAUAAUAUUUAGCAUAUUUCUAGAUCUUUUUACGUUCUCCAUGACUUGGUAAAUAAAGACAUGCA